GGGAGUUGUAGUGUUCAGCUCCAAUAGCUCCGGAUCCGGACCGGAGGUGUGCGCAGGAGCGAGGUGACGCCUGGCUUGAUAUCUGAUUGGUUGUCUGGAAAAAUGAAAAGUACUUGUGGUCCAGGGCAGAGACAAACGAGAAAAUGGGGCGGGACUCCGUGUGGGAGGAGGCGGAGCCUGUGAGCUUUGGGCGCGAGCGGUCGAAAGGCAGUUGGUUUGAGUUCGGUUGCUUGGUCCGAUCGGGCGGUACCAGCUCAGCCUCAUGGCUGACUCUGAGGAGUUUCGGGCUUCUUCGCCACCGCCGCCGCCUCCCUCGUCUCCGUCGUCAGGCGCCUCUUCGUCGUCCCUCAGCAUGCCAGUGAGUUUGGGCUGGCGGGGUCCGAACCGGAGCCACGGUCCAACGGUGGACACGCUGGAGCAAGUGGAGCUGCAGAUCGGGGACGCGGCAUUUUCAUUAACUAAACUUCUUGAAGCCACAUCUGCGGUGUCAGCUCAAGUGGAAGAACUUGCCCUGAAGUGUACAGAAAAUGCACGGUUCCUGAAAACGUGGCGGGACCUCCUGAAAGAAGGCUAUGAUUCCUUGAAACCCGACAACUGACUUGCAGUUAUAGUCUCUUAGUGACUCACAUGUAAGAUAUUUGCACACGGACCACAUGUAUGGGGCUGCCUGUCUCCAGACAUUUAUACUGAGUGGAAUUUUUCUUGGUGUUCUUGACUUUGUGAAAGCAGAACACUGGACUCUCUUAUUUGCUUAUGUGUUUUCUCUGAUGUGGCAGUAUUUACCUUAGAUGCUUUCUGCCCUCUGAACUUUAAUAGACUCCUGUAUGAAAGCUAAUUCCAUCAGUAAGUAAUUCAGUAAUUGUCAUAAUAAUGCCGCCCUGCAACCAGGUCAUUAUUUGUUUGGUGAGAAGAUGACAAAAAAUGCUUGAUUUGGGAGUUGAGCUGUGUGUCUCCUAAGGCCCCUGAUGAAGAUUUCAGGUGCGUGGUCCAGUUCCACAGGAUACCUACUCUGAAACUGGUGGUGGCGCUUUAUUUCCUUCCUUAUCCCAAUACCCACCGCCACGUCACACAGCACUCGCUGUCAGUGAAUAAGACGAGUAUAAUUAAAAGCUACUUUUGAUUCUUACUUUUUAGGAUGAAGACUGUUUCUUUAAGAAAACUGUAUGAAUCUAAACUUCAUUGACUUGAAGGAAAAAUACUUUCUCUGUAUAUAUAUAUAUAUUUUAAUGGGAAUUUGAAGCAGUCUCCCUGUGAAGCCCACUCUUCUGUCUUAGUCUCUUGAGGGCCAGGACUACUGGUGUGCAAGACAGUUUUGAAUUUUGAUGAUGAUCUUAAAAUAUAUUUUUUUCUCAUUCUAUGACUCCAUUUUUAAAAAAAGUCUUUAUUUCAUAAAACGAAAACUUUUAUAGAAUACAUACUUAUUUUCUAUUUAUUUUUUAUAGUUAACUGCUUUUAUAGUUAAUAUUUCUCUUGUUGGUGUUCUAUGUGUUCGAUUGCUGUCUUUGAACUAUCUUAUCGAAUUUAUGGCUGUAUGCUAGGUAUUAUUUAAUGGAGCUUUGCGAGUUAUUUAUACAAUUCUAAAGUUGGUUUUCAGUGUCUCACAUGUAACAGUUUCUAUGGGUUUCCUAUUAGUUGACCUUCAUGCUAAGGUUCCACUGUAUCUGUCCUGCGUUUUCUGUAUUUAGUGCCAUCUAUCUUCAAGCCAUGUACUACCUUGAUAUAUAGGACCUUGACGUGUCUUUGAUGUGAUGUCUGUGUAGAUGCGUUGAUGUGAAUAGAACUUAAUAAAGUCUCACUGGGGAGCUAUGGUAGGGGACAAAUGGAUAGGCAAAGAUUAGUUUUGAUAUAGUCAUAGUUAGUGAUUUUUUUUUCUUUAAGAUCACACAACACAAAUGGUGUGAUUUCUGUACCAAAGAAUGCUUAUUUCUGUGUAAGAGACAUACUUAUAUAUUCUGAAAAUUGCAAUUAAAAAAUGUAUAAAAAUAAAUAUUACAAGUAAAUUUGU